UAGUGCUGGCAAAGAGAGCCAGCCCAGUGUACCCUCAGUACAGAGCUGGGGAAGAAAGGUUAAAGACGGCUGGAGACUGUUGGUUCCAGCAACAUGGAGGAUAAUGUCAGCUUGAAGUUCUAUCAGCAGCUUCUGCUCAUUGACGAAAGUCUGGUGGCUGAAGAUGUAGCAGCUUUAAAAUUUCUCUGUACUGACUUUCUCCCGUUCAAAAAACUAGAAGGGGUGAAGUCAGCAGUGGACAUCUUUCAGCUUCUUAUGGCUGAAGAAUAUCUGAAUGAGAAAGAUACUUUCCUACUAGCUGAACUCUUAUACAGAAUUAGAUGUCAUUCCUUGCUCAAGAAACUUGGUUAUACCAAAGAGAAAGUGCAAGAAUGUCUGCGUGAGAAAGGAAAAGUGUCUCCAUACAGGCAGAUGCUGUAUGAAUUGUCAGAGAACAUUACUGAUGAGACGUUGAAGGAUAUCAUAUUCCUCCUGAAAAACUCUCUUCCAAAGCGACGGAUAAUUCUGUCUGCUCUGGAAUUGCUGAUUUUAUUGGAAAAACAGGGCCUUUUAACUGAAAACAAUGUACAGAUACUGGAGGAAAUCUGUAUGAAUGUUUCGCCUAAUCUCCUGGAAAUAGUAAACUGCUACAAAAGGGCAAAAGUGUCUCUGCCUCAGCAGGAGAACACCAUGCCCAUUGAGGAAUCUUCACUGUCUCACACUGGAGGCAUCAAAGUAUUCACUUUCUCAGAGGAGACCUCAAUCAAAUCAGUCGGUUUUAAUAUCAAUGAUAACAAAGCAGCUUGUCUUACACAAGGCUUCUCUGAAAUGAACCUGGAGCUGCCUGGAGAACUCAGCAAUGCAGAAAAUAAAUCCAAGAAGAUGACAAGCUACAAAAUGGAUGGGCCACACAGAGGAUUGUGUCUUGUCAUUAAUAAUGUUACAUUCGAUAAGUCUCUUAAUGAAAGGAGGGGUUCUUCCAAGGAUGCUGAGGAACUGAAGCGAGUAUUCGCAUGGCUUGGUCUAGAUGUGAUGAUUUACACAGAUCUGACUUCUCAGGAGAUUAAAGAACUCAUGCGAACUUCGCAGCAUUUUGAAGGUCACAAAGACAGCGACUGUUUUAUAUGUUGUAUUCUAUCUCAUGGAGAGUCAGGAGCAGUCUAUGGGAAAGAUGAGGAACUUGUAUCAAUCCGCACAAUCAUGUCCCACUUCACUGCAAAACAGUGUCCACAGCUGGCGGAAAAACCUAAACUCUUCUUUAUCCAAGCAUGCCAGGGUAAAGAGGUACAGUGUGCUGUCUCUGUUCAAGCUGAUGCACGAAUUCCAGACUCGUCUUCCAUGCAACAGAUCGUUUCUCCUUCUGAAAGUAUUCCUGAAGAGGCUGAUUUCCUCUUAGGCAUGGCCACAAUUGAUGGAUAUGUGUCCUUCCGGCAUGUUGAAGAGGGUGCUUGGUAUAUUCAGGCCCUGUGCAGCAAGCUACAGCUGUUGGUACCAAGGGGUGAAGAUAUUUUGUCGAUUCUUACCGAAGUUAAUGAAGAUGUGAGCAGACGUGUUGACCGCUUAGGCACAAAGAAGCAAAUGCCCCAACCAGCAUAUACCUUAAGAAAAAAACUUAUAUUCCCAAUACCUACAAACCCUCCUCCUUCACAGCAAUAUGGAGGCUUUUAAAAUACAUCCUUUUAUCAGCACAUUUCAUUUAAAUGUAAUUCACCACACUACCUGUUUUAAGGCAGUUAUCCAGAAUCCUGAGGAACUGUUAGCUUCAAGGCAAAGCGUCAUAAUUUUUUUACCAUGCUGUGAAACUGGAGGAGACACAAUUAAAACAAUCCAUGUGCUAGCUAAUUACAUCAUCUAUAUAUUCAAUGUUAUCAGGGUUGGGAGAAGCAUGCUGCACUCAUGUUAAAUGGUUUUGUACCUGCAAAGACUACAGACAAAAAAGUGUCCUUCUGACAGCAGAAGGAUUGCAGGUAGCCUUUCAUAUUUAAACCAAGAUUGUUAAUAGUCUGCUUUAGGCUCAUUGUGAUUUAUUUUGCAGGCUAGCAAUUUUAAAUCCCACCUCUAAAUCCACUGGGUAUGUUCAGAGAGAAAGACAAAGGUGGGAACAAAGAGGAGAAAGCACAAGUAGUAAGUGGAAAAGGAUUUUCAUCUUAAUUUAAAUUACGUUUAACUUAAUGGAGAACUAGUUAACUAUUGAAAUCAGUAAUUUGUUCCAUGAUGCACACUGGUACCAUGUAAUGGCUAAUAUAAACCUUGUGUACCAGGAUAUCUUUCCAAAACUGAUUAAAGCCAAGAUGCUGCAUAGUAUUCCCUCUGUGAAACCUUGUGAACUGUCACUUGCCCAUCACUUCUGGGAGGAAGAGUUAGGGUAGAAGAUUUGCAUGCUAUGAAAUAUGACAUUCAGCAGUGUAUCUGUGUAGGUUUAUCAGGUUAACUUUGUUAAGCAUUAAAUUUUCUGAUUAUUGUUUCUUGUUUUAAGAUCUAAAGUGCAGCCAUGUGAGGAACAAGGCUCUUUGAUUAAGCUUCCAAUAGAGCAUUUUGUGAGUUAACUGAAAUAACGUCACAUUGUUUUGUUAUGAGCAUUUAUUAUGGAUGCCUGUUCCCUUCCUGUUUGUUACUGCAUUAAAUUCAUACUUCUGUUUGAGAACUUGAAGAGGUAAAAAUUAUGUACUGUGGUAAGCCUUAUCUUUGUUUCUGACUGGCCCCUGUACUUUUGGGGACUGCAUUAGUGGGUUUUAAAUACCUCAGGGUUUAAGUGGAAGUGAAACCUAGUUUAUUUCAGCAAAACACUGGUUGUUAUAGAUGAUUAACAGCCAUAAGUUAGGGUGGAAAAAUUGAAAGAGGGCUGUCUAGUACUGUUGGAUGCAAUUUUUAGCUUGCACUGUUCAGGAUUUUUAGGAGGGGAGUUUUGCAUCAUACAGAGCAUUGAAAUGCAGCCAGCUUGCCAAAACAUAGUGGUCA